AUGGAUCCCGGAAGGAGGGCCAUGAUUGCUGGGCGUAAGUCACCCCCACGCCAGAACAUCACAUCUCCUAGACGAGACCCAAACAACAGGAUCACAAAGCCAUCCCGCCCUGCGAGCAAAUCUGCCACGCCAACACCCGCGUACCUGACCCAGGAUGAACAGGCUAGGAAGUUUGUCGCCGACGAGGACAAUUUUGUGCUCAAGCAAUCCAAGAAAAAGGCCGACAUCCGGGUUCGAGAGGGCCGCGCCAAACCGAUCGACCUCCUCGCCUUCAAUCUUCGAUACAUCGAUACCGACCGCGACAUCUUUGACGACCAAGAAGCAGACGCUGAGAUAGACGUGCCAAAUCCCAUCGCCGUGGUCGAGGGUCUCAGCGCAGCUCAGCUCGAUGAAUUGGAGGGCGAUAUCAAAUCCUACCACACUUUGGAAACAAAUGGCCGAAAUCGGGAAUACUGGACGGCAUUGCAGUCGCUUGCCGCUGAGAGACGGCAAAAGUUGAAGCCCAUGGGCGCGGAGGAACGUGCUGUCAGUUCAGUCAGCGCCGAUGUCGACAAGAUUCUCGGACCCAAAUCGCUUGAGCAGCUGGAGAAACUCGAGGGACAGAUCAGGGCAAAGCUCAAGUCAGACGAAGCCAUCGACACGGAUUACUGGGGCCAGCUCCUCAAGUCCUUGCUGGUCUACAAGGCAAAAGCCAAACUGCGGAACAUCUGCGACGAGCUCAAAGAACACAGAAUCAAAGAGCUGCGGGAAAGAAACCCAGCAAAGGCCGAAGCGCUUGCUGCCUCGACCUCGACAGCAGAUGCGACACGCAGCAAUGCCUCUACAAUACCUGCUGUGUCGAAGCCGACCACGUCUAUGGUUACUUCCGCUUCUGCUAGCUCUAGUGGCGCAACGGCAUCUGCCCCUGGAACUGCACGAUUUGCUACUGCCGGCGGUGAAGAUUUCUCUCAAGCAACCAAGGCACUCUAUGAUCGCGAGGUGGCGCGUGGUUUCAGCGAGAAUGAAGAGAUCUUUACUGCCGAAGAGACCGUUCCCUCGGCCGCCAAGCCCCAGUGGGCCGAAAAAUACAGACCGAGGAAGCCACGAUAUUUCAACCGCGUACAAAUGGGUUAUGAAUGGAACAAGUACAACCAAACACAUUACGACCACGACAACCCCCCUCCCAAGGUUGUCCAGGGGUACAAGUUCAACAUCUUCUAUCCAGAACUCAUUGAUAAGACCAAAGCACCCACAUUCAAGAUUAUCAGAGAACAUGGCAGGCGCCGGGGCGAAUCCUUUGCUGCGGCAGGCGAGGAAGACACUUGUCUGAUUCGAUUCGUCGCCGGGCCACCUUACGAGGAUAUCGCUUUUCGUAUCGUGGAUCGGGAGUGGGAUUACAGCGCAAAGAAGGAUCGAGGAUUCCGGAGCAGUUUUGACAAGGUGAGUGACAAUUCUAUUUUUUCCCUUCUCUCCUUCUUUCUGCUGGCGACCACCCCCUUGCGUCUUUCUGGUAUGGCAAGGGACGUCUUCCGCAGCCAUGGUAAGAACUUUGGAUGGCUGCAUGCGUUCAUCGGCGGUACUCAACGUGACUGGCAUAUCCCAGUACGUUGCCGCAUGUAG